AUGUUUCGCCGGUUCUUGAGCACCCGGCCGCCGCCCCGCCCCACUCCUCCGUCGCUCCUGCGGCUCUUGAUGCCGGUGACGGUGGCCCUAGGCGUGGUGGUGGCGUACCGUGUCGGGCGGAUGACGUCGCCUUGGCUGACGGCGCUGACGACUCCCGUCGCCGACGUCGACCCGCCCCGCUACGCGCUGGCUGGCGAUGUUAAACAGGCGAUCAAGGAGAUUGAGAGCCUAGGGGUGGAGGUGUCGUCGUCACCCGCCGAUAUCGCCCACCACACGCUGAAUGAGUUCACGCCCCACCUCCCGUUGCCCGAGGAAAAGCCUCAGUAUAUCAUCUACCCGACGCUGACGGAGCUGGUGGCGGCGGUGAUGAAAGUGUUGCACCGGUACCUGGUCCCCGUCGUCCCCUUCAGCGGGGGGCUGCUGCUCGAGGGCCAUUUCUACAACACGCGCCAGGGGGUGUGUGUCGACACGCUGAAGAUGAACCGCAUUUUACGCGUCAACCACGACGACUUGGACUGUGUCGUCGAGGCCGGGGUGAACUGGGUCGCCCUCAACGACGCCGUCGCCCCCUACCGCCUCGAGUUCGGGUGUGACUGUGGCCCCCAGGGGCAGAUCGGGGGCAUGGUCGCCACCAACGCCCUGGGGAUCAACGCCGUCGCCCACGGGCUGAUGCUCCACAACGUCAUCGGCGUCACCGCGGUGUUGGCCGACGGCACCGUCGUCAAGACCAAGCAGCGGCCGCGCAAGCUGAGUGCCGGGUACAAUUUGACCGGGUUGAUGGUGGGGAGCGAGGGGACGCUUGGCAUCGUCACCGAGGCCACGGUCAAGUUGCACGUGAAGCCCCAGGCGGAGCUGACGGUGGUGGGCCAGUUUGCCCUGGUCAGAGACACCACCGACGUCGUCAGCCACUUGUUCCGCCUCGGGAUCCACCCGCACCACCUCGAGCUCUGCGACGCCGACAUGAUGAAGUGCUUUAAUUACGCCGGCUACACCCCCAGCGACGGCACCAAGUGGGCGGAGGUGCCGACGUUAUUCAUCAAAGUCGGGGGCAUUCUGAAACUGGUGGUGAAAGAGUACGUCAACCAGAUUAAGGAGGUUGCCCGCCAGCACCACUGCCACCGAUUCACUGAGGCGCAAAGCCAAACAGACGCCGACGUCCUCUGGGGCUACCGCAAACACGCCUUUUUCGCCAUGUUGGACUACGCCCGCCACGAGAUCGACCCCGACGUCCGCGUGUGGGUCACCGACAUCGCCGUCCCCGUGCUGCGGCUUUCCGACACCCUCGCCCAGUGCCGGGCCCUCAUCGAGGCCAGCGGGUUUGAGAGCGUCGUCCUCGCCCACGCCGGCGACGGCAACUUCCACGCCGACCUUUUCUACACGGAAAAAGACGAGCAGGAGUGCAAGCGGGUCGUCGACGCCAUGGUGGCGGUGGGGUUGGCCAACGAGGGGACGUGUUCGGGCGAGCACGGCGUCGGCAACCUGAAGCGGCGGUACUUAGUCGAUGAGCUCGGCGGCGCCGCCGUCGACACCAUGCGCCGCAUCAAAUUGGCGGUGGACCCGAAGCGGAUCUUGAACCCGGACAAGGUGUUUACCAUCGACGCCAACGAUGAUCGCGAUUACUGA